AUGGACAAAGAGCUCUUCUCCAAGAACCACGAGUUCUUGCCCUCCUACUCAGAUAGACCCAUUGUGCUUUCGCCGCCUCCAGUGGAACACCAUGGCAAUGGCUCAGUCAAACUAGAACAAGAUAGUUCAGCUCAAAGUCUGCUGCAGCCACAGCUCCCCAAGGAUUACCUUGCUCAAAGACAGCAGCUGGUCGGUUAUAAUCUUCAGCAAGAAUUUGAGGCGUUGAAGGCAGACUUGGACUUGGACUUGAGCAUGUCAAACACCGUCGAGGAGAACGAAGGCACUCCUACUGCCUCGGGCGGUGCUGGCUCCAGCAAUGAAAGUGGCAACGGCACAGGUGCCGCAGGGACACCUUCUUCAUUGGGGGGUCGUUUUUUGUCGCCUAAUUUCUCCCAUGGGUUGGGGUCCUCUUUACUGGAGAAUUUCACCAACUUGAGUUCUUCCAACGUUCCGAUGGGCCACUUGGGCAACAGCAUGGCUCCAGGCGCAGGCGCGGGCGCAGGCUCUCAUCAUCUCCUGGGUCUUUUGAGUUCAAAGUCGCUGUCGUUUUUACCCCCCUCGUUGCUGGUGCCGUCGAGGCCACAGUCGGUCAAUGACUUUUCCAACUUGCUAGGAAGGAAUCAGAACAUCAACGCCGCAUCAGGUUUAUCUCGCCUCCAGGCUAGUGGUCUGUCUUUUUACAAUGACUUGAUAAGAUUUACUUCCUGGAUGGAAAAUUUGGACCCCCAGGACAUUGUCGCCAUGCUUGAUCACUGGUGCAACAAUUUACCAUUUGACAUCUUGCUCACGAUGAAGUCUCGUCUUGAGACUCACUUAAACCACAUGCCUGAUCAAGGCCAUACUCUGAUGCCUUCCAAAAUGAAUUAUGGCUAUGAAGAUUUGGUCACCAACAUGGAGAAUACCUCUUUGGACUCUUACCCAAGGCAUCAGGCCACACAACAAAACGGACUCGCUCAACCGAAGCCCAAGAACAAUGAUGCAUUUAGGAACCAUCUUUUCCAGGAGUCUAAAUUCCCAAGACCAAGACUGGCCGAUCCAAGCUUAAACAAUCGUUUCCAAGGGUCUAAUGCUCACAUGGCCUCAGCCAACAACCAGGCUUCUGGUCAGUCGAACAACUCCUCUUAUCAACUUGGGAAUCCGUUGGAUAGAGCUAGAAGUCCUACCUCUCAUUUGCAUGAGAAGACGAAUUUUUUGCAGUUAGCCGCUGCUUCGAACUCUCCGCUCUCAUACGCACAGCACGGAUCCAAUCCAGAGGACGGUUACGAUCUUAAUGCUGCAUUGAAAUUGGGCGCACUUGCAACUAUCAACUCUCGUGUUGCUCUUGAUUCUAAUAAAAAGGGCGCCGCUUUCCAGCAACAUCAAAUCCUGCAACUCCAGCAGCCCCACUCGCAUAAUCCAUUAGCAUUUGAGGAGUCGAUCAAUCGCCAAGGAAACUCCUCUUCGGUGCCUGCGCAACCGCAAAAGUAUUCUGUAGCAGCCAUGUCGGGCUCUAGUCAAGGUCCCUCUGCUGCGGUUCUUAAGAUGAAAAAGGAUGAUGGUAUGGGUAGAUCGAAACAGUCAACUCCCGUGGGGGGCGUGAGCUCGAAUUCUGCAAAUAGUCUGUCUUCGAUGCCUACAGAAAUCGCCACCCUUGAUUUGCUCAACAAUAUUCCUGCCUGGCUCAAGCUUCUUCGCCUCCAUAAGUAUACGGAUUGCUUGAAGGAUAUGUACUGGAAAGAUUUGGUGGAGUUGUCUGAUGAGGACUUAGAGAACAAGGGUGUGAAGGCCCUUGGGGCGAGAAGAAAAUUGCUCAAAGCUUUUGAUGCUGUGAAGCAAUCUAGGUUAUAG